AAUUGCAACUUUCAAGACCUAUUUUCUUCUUCUAGUAGGUAAUAACUAUUAACCUAUUUGUAUAGUUUUAUAGAACGCUCCUCUAUUUAAAUAAUUUAUAUACCUACUAUUACAAUUCAAACAUAAAAUAAUUUAUUUUGACCGGGUUACCUAAAAAAAGAUAAGUGUCAAUCAAUCCAAAAGUUGGUGUUAACGAUGGCUGAUAGUGAUGAUGAAUAUGAUCGAAAGAGACGCGAUAAAUUUCGUGGGGAAAGAGGUACUGCGGAAGGAAGCAGUUACAGAAGCAGUGAUAGAAGAGAAGAGCGCAAUCGUGGUGGUGGCCGAGAAGAAUGGACAGAUAGAUCUCGUGGGGGUCGUUCAGGUCCUGAUUACAGAGAUUACCGUGGUGGUGGCAGUGCUGCUCGUGGUUAUUCACCAGUAAGAGGAGAAGGUCCCCCCAGCAAACGCAUGAGACCUGAGUGGCCUAUAGAUGAUAGAAGAUAUGGGGGCAUGCCCCAUGAUUCAUAUGGAUCUUAUGGCUGGGCACAUGACCAUUUUGGCCCCCAUCCUGCUCAUCAAGGGUACGGACAACCUAUGCCACCAGUUCCUGCAAGGGAUGCUGUGUUACCAAUGGGCGCUGCUGAUGGGCCACCAACAAUGAUGUCAUUCAAAGCAUUUCUUGCUGCACAAGAUGACUCCAUUACAGUUGAUGAUGCUAUUCAAAAAUACAAUGAAUAUAAACUUGAAUUUAGAAGACAACAAUUGAAUGAAUUCUUUGUUGCUCAUAAAGAUGAGGAAUGGUUCAAGAUUAAAUAUCAUCCUGAAGAAUCUGUUAAACGGAAAGAAGAACAACUUGUAGCACUGAAGAACCGGUUAAAUGUUUUCCUGGAGUUGCUAGAGCAAGGGGAGCUGGACAAAGUAACAGUUGACGUAGAUAAGUCAGACAAACUGAUAAGACUGCUUGACACGGUUGUUAUCAAGCUCGAAGGUGGGACAGAGGAGGAUUUGAAAAUUUUAGAUGAACCUGCACUAACUGAAAAUUCAAAUAAUGACAAACAGGAUAAAAUUGAGCCAGAGAAAGCAGUUGUAAUUGAUGUUGAUGAUGUUAAAGUAAAGGAAGAGAAGGAAGAAAGUGAGAAGAAAGAAAAGGAAAAAAAAUCGGAGUCUCCGAAACCGACUGCUCCGCUGACGAUGGACAUAGAUCCUCACUUGAAGCAACUACAAGAGCAGGCUAAACUGUUCUCUCGCUUCAACUCCGCCCCUGGGACUGAGCCAGACCAAGAAGUGCCAGAAAAAGAACCUCCUCCUCCGGGCUCAUCUUCUAGCUCAUCAUCAUCGAGCUCAUCGUCUUCAAGCUCCGAUGAAGAAGGCGAGACGGGUACUCGACGCAAAUCCAAAUCAAAAUCGAAAUCGGAAAGCCCGUCGAAAUCACCAAAGCGUAGGAGCAGAUCUAAAUCACGAAGUGUUGAAAAAGUGGAAGAAAACAACGAGGCUGCUAAAGAGGCAGUAUCAGAUGAGAAAACUUCGGACACCAACGAAGUUCAAGCAGAGAAGAAAGAAGUGAGAGCUCUACACAGAACAACAUCAAUCUUCUUGAGGAAUUUGGCACCAACAAUCACGAAGGCUGAAGUUGAAGCUAUGUGUAAGCGCUAUGGAGGGUUUCUACGCGUGGCUUUAGCUGAUCCUUUGCCAGAGCGCCGGUGGUUCCGCCGAGGCUGGGUGACAUUCAGACGUGAAGUAAACAUAAAAGAUAUUUGCUGGAACCUUAAUAAUAUUCGACUGCGCGAGUGUGAGUUGGGCGCCAUCGUGAACCGCGACCUUCAGCGUCGCAUCCGGCCCGUUUCCGGGGUGACGGUGGAACGUGCCGUCAUGCGAUCUGACGCCAGACUCGCCGCCCGCCUUGCAAAUCUUCUGGACUCACGCACCAAGCUGUGGGAGAACCCGGACCCCUCCCCCGAGGAUAGCGCGCCCUCUAAUGAUACCAUUAACUUCAAUUCCAAGAACCCAGUUCUCCACAAGAUAACGGAGCAUCUGAUAGAAGAGGCAUCAACUGAGGAAGAAGAAUUAUUGGGGCUAGAAGCUUCUGCAGAUCCAAGCAGUCACGAUCAACCGGAUCCUGAGCUGAUGCAUGUGCUGGACCGGCUCGUGCUCUACUUGCGUAUAGUACAUUCAGUGGACUACUACAACCAUUGUGAAUAUCCCUAUGAGGAUGAAAUGCCCAACCGGUGUGGAAUAAUGCACGCUCGCUCCGCAUUGCCUACCAAUAAGCCAACACAACAGGAAAUUCAGGAUUAUAUAAAGUCAUUUGAAGGGAAAAUGUCAGCUUUUCUACAAGAUGUUAAGCCUUUGUCGGAUGAAGAACUGCAAAAAUUAGGAGUCAAGGAUGCUGAAGCAGAAGUAGAAAAAUUCAUUCAAGCCAACACUCAAGAGCUUUCAAAAGACAAAUGGUUGUGUCCGCUGAGUGGGAAGAAAUUCAAGGGACCCGAUUUUAUCAGAAAACAUAUAUUCAACAAACAUGCUGAAAAGGUGGACGAGGUCCGGCGCGAGGUGUCGUACUUCAACGCGUUCGUGCGAGACGUGCGCCGCCCGCACCAGCCCGAGCCACCCGCCCGCGGUGGACCCGCCUCGCACGCGCCGCACGCCCCGCACGCGCCGCCCGCGCCCGCACACUCGUAUGGUGGUGGUGGCGGCGGUAGAUGGGGCUGGGGUGGUUGGGCGCCGCCUGCUUAUCAACCCCGACACCCACGCUUCACCAGACCCAGGGAUACCGUGGAUCGCUCUCGACCCAUAAUUGCGUACAACGAUCUUGACUUCCCCGACACUGGUGACAUAUUCUAACAAUCAUUUAAUCAAAAAUAUUAAGAUAACAAUGCAUUUUUAGUUGAUGCUAGAUAAUUCGUUAUUAUAUUUUUUAAUUUAUGUAAUGGGCUAUGGGGUAGUGUUAAAUAUGAAAACUUUGACCACAACAUUUUCCAAAGCCUUGAUAUAGAGUUCGUUCUUUAUAACAAUAUAAAUAAUUUAAACAUUUAUCGAAAUUCUUCAUUAUUCGAUCUUUUGUUUGACUAUAAUGUUUUUCACUGUCGAUUAAUAUGCUUACUGUACCGUUGCUAUUGUUUAACUUCCUACAUGUUGUGGUUCAAUGAGGUUUUAUAUCGUCUAGUUUUUUACCACAGACGACUAUAAUAUCUAGACAUUAUUAAUAUACAUUUUUACUUAGUGAUCAUACCGUUAGUCUGCAUAAUUAUUUUUAAUGGAAAAUUACAUCCUGUAUUACAACUUUUGUAAAUGAAUUUUAAUAAAGUGUCUGAAAUUAA